CAAAACCCAAAAAAAAAAAAAAAAAAAAAAUCAUUAUUUGAGACACUUUCUCUCUCCUCCGACAGUGGGAUCUCCCACUCGUCAAUCAUCAUUUGACUUAAUUCUUCCUUCUCUCUUGAAAUUUCUUCUUCACUGUAAAAAUAAUAAUAAAAAUAAUAAUGAAUAUAAAAAAAAUACAGCUGAAAAUUGAGCUGAUUUUGCUGCUGCUACUACAUCUUACUCAGCUUCAACAGCUUCUCUGAAUCUUUGAACAUUCGAUAGAAAAUUCCCAGAAAGGAAAGCUAUUGGUGCAUUCAAUGAAUCUGAUAUUAAGAAGCUGUUAAAGGAUUUGUUUGUAAAGCAUUUUGAAUCUUUUACCCAUUUCGAGGGGCCUUCUUUAUUUUCGAUUAUAUGGGUUGUGCUACUUGAUACGAUUUCCUCAUUUUGUGAGAUAAUAACAUUACACUGGACUAUUCUUUAUUUUCGAUUAGUUUGAGUAGGGAGUUGUAAAUGGAGGACAAUCAUAACGACGAGGAUUUGCUGGGAAAUGUGAUUAGGCCAUCGGCAUUGAGGACCUUAAAGCCUACAUUGUCCGGAAGAUCGACCCCUAGGUCUUCUCCCACGUUUCGAAGGCUUCCUUCUACUCGAACACCUAGGCGAGAUGGUAGAUCUGGUGGGGGUAGGUUUCAGUGGUUUAAGAAUAGUCCGGUGGUGUACUGGCUACUUUUGAUUACUCUGUGGACUUAUGGUGGAUUCUACAUCCAGUCUAGGUGGGCUCAUGGGGAUAAUGAAGGUAACCAAGUUGGGUUUGGGAGUAAUUCCAGGAAUGAGUAUGUUAAUUCAGGGCAGAAUCAGCAUCGUGAAUUGAAAUCAGAUGAUGAAAUUUUUAAUGUGAAGAAUCGGUCUAGUCGUAGUCUUGUAGGAAAUGGGAUCAAAUUUAAUAGUAGCAUAGAUUUAUCUUUGACUGAAGAAGAUGUUAUUUUACCUCCUAGAAUUCGACCUUCCCGGACUGUACCUUCUAAAAAGAGGAGUAAGAAAGGAAGGCGUGGCUCACAAAGUAAAUCACGUGGUAGACGAAAGAUUGGGGAAGAUUUUAGAACAAGAGAUGCGGAUGAUGUGCUGGAAGAGCAGAUUCCAAUGAGUAAUUCUACCUAUCGGUUGCUAGUUGGUCCAUUUGCCUCUACUGAGGAUAGAAUUCUGGAAUGGAGUCCUGAGAAACGAACAGGAACAUGUGAUAGGAAUGAACUCUUUGCACGUCUAGUUUGGUCUAGAAACUUUGUCUUGAUAUUUCAUGAACUGUCAAUGACUGGAGCUCCCCUUUCCAUGCUGGAGCUAGCAACUGAGCUACUAAGUUGUGGGGCAACAGUUCAUGCUGUAGUCCUAAGCAGACGAGGUGGUUUAAUGUCAGAGCUCACAAAGAGAAGGAUCAAGAUCAUUGAUGACAAGGCAGAACACAGCUUCAAAGCUGCCAUGAAAGCUGAUCUUGUCAUUGCUGGAUCAGCAGUCUGUGCACAGUGGAUAGAGCAAUAUCUUGCUUAUUUCAAUGCCGGCUCUAAUCAAAUUGCUUGGUGGAUCAUGGAGAAUCGCCGUGAGUACUUUGACCGGUCAAAAGUCUUGCUCAAUCGAGUUAAAAUGCUUGUAUUCCUCUCCGAAUUACAGUCUAAGCAGUGGCUUGACUGGUGUAAGGAGGACAACAUUACAUUGACUACCCAAACAACAUUGAUUCCCCUUUCUGUCAAUGAUGAAUUGGCCUUCGUAGCUGGCAUCCCCUGCUCACUUAAUACUCCUUUGACAAACCCAGAGAGAAUGUCACAGAAGCGUCAGAUGCUACGACAAGCUGUAAGGCAGGAGAUGGGGUUGGAAGAUCAUGAUAUGCUAGUCAUUUCUCUAGGCAGCAUAAAUUACCCCAAGGGUCAACUCCUUCUUGUUGAAUCAGCAUACUUGGUAAUUGAAGAACAACCUUCUCAAAGUGAAGUUAAAUCAAUGACUUCACCAGAGACGGAGAAAAAAGCAUCCAAAUUGGCUAAGAAGUUUCAUUUAAGAGGUAUCGCGUUGAAGCCAAAUAGCACUAGUGGGUCUUCCCAAAUCAGCAUGUCUGACAGCUUGCCUGGCACAGAUCCCACAAGAUCUGAAAUUGCUCAAAAAAUUCCAAGAAUCCGUGAAGUUACUGAUCGAAAACUUAAGAUUCUAAUCGGUUCAGUUGGAUCCAAGAGCAACAAGGUGAUGUAUGUGAAAGAAAUUCUUGAAUUUUCAUCAAAACAUUCAAAUUUGUCAAAGUCCAUCCUGUGGACUCCAACAACAACACGUGUUGCUUCACUGUAUUCUGCAGCAGAUGUUUAUGUCACCAAUUCCCAGGGGCUCGGAGAGACAUUUGGAAGAGUGACAAUUGAGGCAAUGGCAUUUGGUCUGCCGGUGCUUGGAACAGAUGCUGGUGGUACGAAAGAAAUAGUUGAGCAAAAUAUUACAGGCCUCCUCCAUCCCGUGGGACAUCCAGGGACUAAAGUACUAGCUGAAAAUCUCAGGUAUUUGUUGAAAAACCCAUCAAUUAGGCAGCAAAUGGGACUAAGAGGUAGGGAAAAGGUAGAGAGAAUGUACUUGAAGCGGCAUAUGUACAAGUUAUUCUUCGAGGUCUUGUUCAAGUGCAUGCGAAUCAAAUAGAAUUUUUAUCUUAGAUGAAUUUUCCAUUUAUUUUUGAUCUGGUAACAGAGUUUUUACUACUAGUAUCAGAAAGCAUCAUGCCACUAAAUUAAAGGAUAUCGUAACAUUUCUUAUUCAGGGAAGAAUACUAUUCUUGUAUUCUUCCAAAGAUCUUCCUGGUAUAAUACAUUAGAUGAUUUGAAUC